CGAUGGCCUGGGUAGGAACGUUUGGACGAUUGCACACUGGUCGAUGUUGCACCCGGAAUCCUGAGGAUGGGACCCGAAAUGGCGGGGCACAGGGUCGGCGUGUGAACUGGGAGGAUUAAUUAAAACCCGGUUUUUUAGCGGACAGUAUCAAGGAGCGGAGAACACACCGAGAGACGAUGUUCGCUAAGAGUUUUCGUGUCAAGUCCAACAGCGCGAUCAAGGGCUCGGACAGGAGGAAACUCCGGGCAGACAUACAGGCUGCCUUUUCUUUGUCUGCUGAUCAACUGUCACGCCUCAUACCCAACAAGGAGGAUCUGAAUGUGAUGAAAAUGUACCUGCACAAAGGAGAAGCAGUGACUGUUUAUGUUUUGAACAAAAACCCCAUCUUCUUUGAAAUGGACAAGAGAUUCUAUCCAACAGUGUACGCCCUGUGGACCUGUCCGGAUUUGCUGGCUUCGUUCACAACAUGGCCCGCGGUUUUACCAAAACUCGUCGGAGGAGCAGAUCUGAUGUUGCCCGGAGUGAUUUUGCCCCCUACUGGUCUUCCAGAGGUCCUACAGGGAGACCUUUGUGCUAUUACCCUUGUUGACAACAGAGCACCAGUGGCAAUAGGCUUGGCCAGUAUGUCAACAGCAGAGAUGCUCGAAGCUGGUAUGAAAGGAAAAGGCAUUACCACUCUCCACACGUACCUAGACCAACUUUGGGCAUUUGGAGAAAAGACACAUCCACCUGUUAUUGCGGCUGAGCAUAGUUACUCUGAGGAGACCGGAGAUCAAGAGGAGGAAAAGGAGGAGGUGGAGGAAGAAGUAAACGUUGAAGCUGCUGGUGUUGAGAAUGUGGCUGCGAUGCUACCCAGUGCAGAGGGAGAUGCACCAGACCUCAACAGUCUCAGUUUGAAUGUGGAACCGGAACCUGAGCCCGUAGCUUCCCCAACAGAGCAAGACAGCAACUCUGAGCUUGAAGCCUCGGAGAACGUUCAUUUAACAGAAAUAUCGAAAGAUGCUGACAGUCAGCAGGACGCUGCAGAAAUCGCCAGGACCACACAGGAGCAGAUGGAUGAGAUUCUUCUGCAGUGUUUCCUUCACGCUCUGAAACGUAAAGUGAAGAAAGCAGACCUUCCGUUGCUCGCAAGCACCUUCCUUAAGAAUCACAUGUAUCCCUGUUGCCCUGAAGGUAGAACUUUAGACGUGAAGAAAUCAAGCUAUAAGAAGCUCUCGAAGUUCCUGCACUCCAUGCAACAGAAGCAGAUCAUUCAGGUGAAGGAACUCUCCAAGGGCGUUGAAAGUAUCGCAGCUGUGAACUGGGAUCAUGCAGAUCUGAAGUCCUUUGUGAUUGCUGAAACAGCCACUGAUGAUGAAGUGGUGAAGAUUGACAGAGAGACUGAGAUCUUCUACCAACCACCCGAGAUCAGCUCCUUUUACAGUGUUUCCAGUAGGUUACUCCCCCUCUUUGAGCACGCGGGACUCAAAAAAGAUGCCACCCUCUCGAGUGUUGAUGUUAGAAAUAUCAUCACAAGUUAUGUGAAAUCCAAUGAGCUAAUAGACGCCUGCAAUAAAAAUUAUGUCAUUGUUAAUCCCACUCUUUGUGACUGCAUAUUGGAAAAAUGUGAGCACCACACUGUCACUAAACUCAAAUGGGAUGAUCUCUUUGCCAGGUGUCUGGAGAGGCUGCAGGAAUGCCAUCAAGUGAGUUUUCCUGGGCAGAAGCCAAUCAUUCGAAAGGGCUGCAUUAAACACAUCAUCAUUGAUGUCGCACAGCGUGCUUCAAACAAAAAGGUAACUCUGAUCAAAAACCUCGAAGUGUACGGCAUUGAUCCUCAGGCCAUUGGAAACGCCCUUCAGUUGAAAGCCCAGGCCAGUGUCACCUUGAGUCUGAUCCCUGGAACAAAGGAUAAGAUAGUCGUUCAGGUUCAAGGGAACCAGGUUAAUCAUGUUGCCAAGCUCCUAACAGAGGAGUACAGCAUCCCAUCAAAGUAUAUUCAAGGUUUGAAUAAAGCCCCAAAAAGUGGCAAGAAGAGGAGAUGAUGGACAAUUCGGCCGCACUACCAGUCUCUGUUUCUGUUAGCUUCUAGGCAAAUCUUUAAUUAGUGGUUUCCAAAGCAGGUAAUGAAAGAGCAGGCGGGUCUGUAUAAAGUACUCCACUUGAAUAAACCAUUUGAAAGGAAUGGCUCAAGCUGUAAACCAGCCCUGAACUACGAGUGGAUAGAAUAAGUUGUAUUCACUGCUGGGAAGGCGAGGUCACUGGCAGAUCCUAAGGUCUCUCUACUUUGCAGUGUUCUGUGCAAAUGCGUUUUCCAAAAUCCCUCAACAAAGAAGUUCAUUGUGCAAUGCUGUCCAAGUGACUUCAAUAAGAUGAAGUACAGAAGAACUGUAAUAAAACUCCAUACACUAAACCUUCUGGCAGUGUGUGUUUAAUGCGGUGGACAUUUGUAGAUGAUUCAGUCAUUGUUGGUGUUGCGAGUGAAGCCACUGUUAAGAGCCUGGAGAGGAGGGUGAUGGCCCGUUUCCAAGCAUUGUGAAGGACAAACGAGGGCAGAUUAAGCCCCAAAAGUGAGACUUACUGUAUCAGUAUUAGUGCUGAUCUUAAAGCAACACACACAAAAUACUGGAGGAACUCAGCAGGUCAGGCAGCGGCUAUGGAGAGGAAUAGAGUCGACAUUUUGAGCCGACGUUGAAUUUCAUGAUGAGGGACUUCAGCCUGAAACAUCAGCUGUUUAUUCACUGCCAUACAUGCGUCCUGACCAGCUGAGUUCCUCCAGCAUUGUGUGAGUGUCCUCUGGAUUUCCAGCAUUGGCAGAAGCUCUUGUGUUAAUGAACCCUGACCUUCUGUUUAUGUUCAGUUUCCAUUCAUCCAGAGAGCAUAUUUCCAGACCCCCAAUCUAAUUCAUCCCAUGAUCUUUUUUAAUUCAAAGCUACUACCCAGUAACAUGAAACAACAGGAAUUCUGCAGAUGCUGGAAAUUCAAGCAACACACAUCAAAGUUGCUGGUGAACGCAGC